AUGGGCAAUAUCGGACGUCCAAGUACAGGCUGCGGUCUGUGUCGGAAGCGGAGGGUGAAGUGUGACGAAGGCAAACCUGGCUGUCGCAACUGUGCCAGGCUCAAGCGACCUUGUCCGGGUUACCGAUCCUCCGAUUAUGGCUCCAUUCGACCAACUGUCUUCAUGUCGGCGCCGGGAGAAUCGAGGAGCAGUUCGAGCGAAAGCUUGGUACCACACGGUCACGAUGCUAAGGCCGUAUGUAUCGAGUCGGAUGAGAGCAACACUGCUCAAAGCGAUUCGCUUCUGGAAUUCUCUAAAAGAUAUCCGCAAACUCCAGUACCUAUGGGCAAUGUCCUCAAAGACGUGACAGAACAAGCUGUCUGGUAUUCGCUCGCGCAGCUGGAUGUUCAUUCUCGAAUUCUCUAUGGCAACGACUCUUUUACAUUCCUCCCCACGAUCCUCUUGAAAGCUGGCCGUCAUUCAUACCUGUAUGCUGCCAUGCGGGCUGUGGGAAUCAUGAAUCUCGCAAAUCGAUCACCCACAGUUGAUAUGAGCAACAUUGUCGAUUUCGAGUAUGCAAAGGCUGUCUCAGGAACCAACACAGCCUUGGCCGAUCCUGAUCAGCGUCUCAAAGAUGAGACCCUCGUCGCUGUCUGGCUGUUAGGUCUCAGAGAGGUCCUUGCCAGUAUCACUAGUUCAACCCACGUCAACUGGAGCGGAAAUCCGGCGCAUCAAGCUCAUAUCGACGGUGCAUUAAUGCUGCUACGUAUGCGAGGUGAUGAGCAGUUCGCCACUCCAGAAAGCCGGCAUUUAUAUCAGCUCCUUCUCUCUUCCAUGGUAAAGGGAACCCUGAUCGUGCUCAUAAAGUUAACAAACUAA